AUGGCGCAAGAUAAUCGAUACAAGGGAGUACGGCCGUCUGCUUCGCACCGAGGCUGCAGUGACGUGCACGCCGAGUAUACCGCUUACAGACCCGCGCUGGGCCUUCGAGUACGCAGGUACGCAGCACGAUCGAUCUCCUGUCCUCGAGACACACAGCUAACGAGGUCCGGACCAGGUGGCUCAGGCACAGCAUUAUCGUCCGCACUAGCAGCAACGCGCUUCGCCCUGCACGCCUCGGUUCCCGUCGAAGUUACGUCCGCCACGACGCGGCCUUCCCUAUCAGAUGCGCGAGUCGACGCCGCCCUACACGCCCAUCUCAUUUUCGAGGACCCGCACAAUAAUCUCGUCCACAGCAAGAUCUACACCGAUAUGGCGCGGCCCUGGGCCGGCGGGAUCCUGCCGCGCAUCUGGGAAGUACCCUGGAUCGAGGUGGAGACGGACAAAGCACUGGUGUACUUUUAUAACUUCCCGCAGCCACAUCUUUAUCAUUAUAUCGCCGUCACGGAGAAGGCUACCGGGCGGACAUCUUAUCAGAAGCAAUAUACGGGUGGACCCUUGUGGGGCAAGGUGGUGGUUUCGACGGGAGAACAGGGCGGCCGUGCUGGGUGGAGUACGUACCGGUGGCGGCUGGAAGCGUUCGUGGACGCGAUGCAGGGCCGCACGCCGGCCCACUGGGUGUCGGCGCAGGACAGUACGUGGAUGAUGGAGUGUGUUGACGCUGUCUACAAAGCGGCCGGGCUACCGCGGCGCGAGUCGAGCAAUAGCCAAGAGUGA